AUGGAAGUACUUUUUAUUAUUCUAUUACUGCUGGCAGCCGAUCAUCAGGCAUUUUCUAUAACACCCGAAAAAUUAUAUACAACGGCUAGAAAUAAAACGUAUUAUAUUGAACAUGAACACAGGUAUGACUGGUAUGAAUCGUUGGCCAAAUGUGCUCGCUUAAACAUGUCGCUGAUGGCCGUCGAUGCUCAAGUAAAAUGGAAUGAUGUUGUUUCCAUGAUCAAAAAACAAUUUGGAGAAAAUCUUUUGUUAUGGAUCAGCGGUUAUGCAGUUGGUGAUAAUCGCCUAUUCAUGUGGAUGACAAUGGGUGAGGAAUUUACGUUUAAUAAUUGGUCCCCGGGUAAUCCAGAUUUUGUUGAACAAAAUGAAUACUGUGUCCAAAUUGCCGGUGGGCCUAACAUGCAAUGGAACGAUAAUACAUGCACAAAGAAAUUUGGUUUUAUUUGUGAAUAUAAUGAACAGCAAUGUAAUGGAAAACCUAAGUAUAAUUUAGUUUUUAAUAACUAUCAGCGAUCUAAAUAA